AUGGCGCACGACGCCGUCCGGCUCGCCGCAAACGCCGCAGAGUCCGAAUUCUGCUCGUCAAACUCCCUCUCUGCCGAUCCCCGCGCUACCUCAAUCAUGUCGGCCGUCUCUUCUUCCCCGGAAACGCGAGAUGCCUCGAGAUCCCGUCGACUUUCCACAACCGUCGAUAUGUCCCACGAGGCUGAAUUAUCCGGCGGCGGUAAUUCUGGGCGGUUUUGUCCUGCUGCUGAUGCGAUCUCUGACGAAGCAGGUCCGCUGGUCGCGUUAUCGGAGCUGGACUCGUGCGACCUUAUAUCGGGUCCGCACUCGGCGCACCGCCAACCGCGCCAGCCGCGCAAGCGCGGCGACGACGGCAGAUUGCUCAUGUCGUGGCGCGUUCCGGACUGGUCGCUCCCGCCGCUGACGACAGACCUGCGCCUCUCCUCACAGGAGCCGUUGGAGCAGCUCGAAUCGCGCACGCAGUGCCCGGGGUGCGGCAAGUCGCAGCACUACCUCUGCUUCAACUGCCUCCGGGCGUUCACCCCUUCACACCUCACCCCACGGGUCGCCCUCCCAUUCCACGCGCACAUGGUCUACCACCGCACGGAGCGCGCCAGCAUGAGCACGGGCGUGCACGCCGCCGUGCUGGCGCCCGCGCACGUCACCCUGCACCCCUGGGCGGACAUCCACGCACGGCGCCUCCCCCAGUUCGACGCGCGCGAUACGGUGGUGCUGUUCCCGAGUGCGAGGGCGCGGGAGGUGCGGGAGAUGGGCGCGGAGGAGCUGCGGAGAGUGAAGCGCGUGGUGCUGCUGGAGGGGAAGGUGCGCGCUGGGGGAGGGGAAGGGGACGGGAGGGGACGGGAGGGCAGGGGAGGGGAGUGGGGCGGGAAUGGUGGGGGUGGGGAGUUGGUGCAGGAGGGAUGUGGGGCAUGGAAUGGGGAUUUGGAAGGCGGUGAGAUGGAAUAG